AUGUGCGAAGGAGGAAUACCUAGCCCAACUCCGGGGCCCUCCCUGCAGCCGACGGCACCUAGCCCAACUCCGGGGCCCUCCCCGCAGCCGACGGCAAUCGCCCCGGAUGUGUUGUUCGUGGAGGUCAUGGACGCCACAGACGGGGCGUGGGAGGCUGUAUAUACCCCGGAUGGCACACACGUGUAUUUGACGGGGAAGGAGAGCGACAGCAUCGUUGCAUUCGAGGUAGACUCUUCCGACGGCAGCUUGACGAUGGUCGGCGACUUUGACAUGAAUACCGGCGGGACGGGGGCGGGGACUCUCGACGGGCCCACUGUCCUAACACCCUCCCCUGACGGGCGGUGCCUCUUCGUGGUGGCCGCGGGCAACAACUCGCUCACGAGCCUGAGCAUCGACGGCGCGGGAUCGGGAAACCUGACCUACGCGGGUACGGUGUCCGGCGCGGCGCUGGCUGAAGCCUGGGACGUGGUUGCCAGCCCUCUGCUCGGAGACCACGUGUACGUUUCGUCGCCAGCGUGCGGGUGCAUCAUCACGUUUGCUGCAGACCUUGAGACUUGUGGGUUGACGUACGUUUCCAACGUGACCGAGUCUCUCGUCUCUCCGACGGGAAUGGCGGUCUCGCCCGAUGGACUGUUCCUGUACGGGACGGACUCGGUGGCUUCUGGUGGUGCGCUCAUGUUGUUUAGCAGAGACCCACAAACUGGGGAUCUGGCGCUGCUGCAGACGAUUUCCGACAGUGAAGGCACCGGGGAACUGCAGGAGGUUGAGUUGGAAGGAGCGACGACCCCGACCCAGCUUGGCCUAGAUGGGGCGUCGUUGGUGACUGUGAAUCCGGAUAACUCCCGCGUCUUGGUGGCGAGUAACGCGAACGAUACGUUCUGGGUGCUGAACGUUGGCGACGAUGAAUGCGCGGUUCUCGAGCUGCAGGACACAAUCGCUGAGGGAGACGGGGGCCACAUCGGGGGCCUGACCGAUAUCAGGAGCAUUGCCGUUAGUCCCGACGGCCGCACGGCCCUUGUGGUCAGCUCAAUGGAUGGCACGAUCGCCUUGUUUCGGGACACUAUCACCACGGACCCAUCUCCAUCUGCCCCAACGCCGGCACCCACCUCGGAAGGAGAAGACCCGUCUCAACCCCCGAACGAAGACGAGUGGUACGAGCGGCAGGCUAUAUGGCUCGGCCUAGGCGGGGCUGCGGCCACCGUGGCGGCAGCGGGCUUGGUCUGGUUCUUGAUCGCGAACGGUUGCUGCGGUAUCGUUAUCCUCAUGGUUCGAGGGAAGACGAAGGUCAAGUGCCCGGCCUGCGACAAGAAGAUGGAGGUUAAGCGGAAAGGGCUCGGGCACCGCACCACUUGCUCGUGCGACAAGCUCCGGGCCAAGGCGGAGGCCGACGCCGGACAGAACGGUGGUCAAUCGGGGAAAGUAUUGUUCCACCCGGACCCCAGGUACAUUGCGACGUGCCCACACUGCGGAAAUGUGAGCUGCGCCCCGUGCGACGUUCGUGACAAAAAAGCAACGUUUCCUUUCCUCCUCGAGAACAACCCCAAAGGUGGCGAGGAAAUGGGAGCGGCAGACCCUUCGGCCAUAGAGGUUGGGAUGGACGACGCGGAACGCACCCCAACGUCACUUUGA